GCGUCAGUUCAAACCUACGCCCUCUACACACACUAAACAAAACAUCACAGGGUGCGUCUCGAGUUUUACUCAUUUCAUGAAGUUAUCAGGCAAUUGCUAAAUAUUUUUUAGGCUUUAUCAUAGAAAAAUGCAUUCCGGGUCCUUUGAAAAAGCUGGUUCGCCGAGGAAAAGGACUCUUUCUCGAGGUGUAAGCGAGGAUGAGUCGCUUCGCAACAUUAUCAAGGAGACAGAGAAUUCCACCAGGCGCCUGACACGCAGUGACUCCAGGGGAACCCUCAAGAGGCAGAGUGAAAGUCAGCAGUCGGAGCAGGAUCUGAUCAUAGGAUUCCCUGAAAUGGAAGAACUGCAGGAAAGCUACAAGGAAGUGGUACAGGAGCUGAGUGGGCUGGAGGUUCAGCGAGAGACGCUGCUGUUCCAGGUGGAUGUUCUGCAGGACGCUCUGGAAGGGGUAGAAGAGAUGCUGGCUGAAGCUCAGAGAGAAGCCAGCCAGGCUAGCAUGGAGUUGGAGCGAGAAAGAGAGGCAAAGAAGAAGUUGGAAGGUAUGGUCAGCUCUCUGAUGCAGGAGGUGGAGAGACUAAAAGAGGAGAGAAAUACCAUACCUUCAGUUCCGGUUUACACGUUUGUCAGAGAGGAGGAGGGGGGUCUGGCAAGACAAAAGGCAUAUGAAGGGAAAGCUCAAAUGAAAAAGGAAGCAAUGGAGAACAUUGGAAAUGCACCAAGCGAGGAGGUCGAUUUUUCCCAAGAUACACCUCUUUCAAUCAAUCGAUUGGAAAGUAUACCAUUAGACACUCAGAGGAAUGGGUUGUCUGCAGAGACCAGCACUGGACUGCUCUCCUUCUUAAGGAAGGGGAGGGGGGAACAGUCUAUGGAUAGUUUCUCCCACCCCCCACCUCUCUAUGAUACUCAGCUUGGCUCAUCGGUGGACUUGGAGGAUGUGGGGGAUGGUACCGAGGAUAGACAAAGCCCCCUGAGCAAGCUCCACAGGAUGGUCAACAAGACCUUUGGGCAGAUGUCGUCUCUGGCACUGGGCAGCUCGCUUUCUCAAGAAGGGGUUUUCGGGAGCCCCGAAGAAAGCCAAACAGAGGCCAAGCAGGACACCUCCCCUGAUAGGAACAACGACACAGACAGCAUUAGCGCCUAUGAGGAUGCGUCUGCUGACACACCUGAGCUGGAGAAUGUCUUCCCAGUGUUCUCUGGCCUGAACGGAACAGGGCUGAUUGAUGAUGCCUGCCCCACUGUAGAGAAGGAGGAGGGAGAUCUAACCAAUGAGGCCAGAAAUCCUAAUGACUCUUGUAUUGUGUCAUAAGUUCUUGGUGGCUUACAGCCUAUUGAGUGUAAAAGGGUCACAUUUGUUCUGAAUUCUUGGUGUACCAGCUCAUGGUCUAGCUCCUUAAAAAAAAGUUGUUAUGGCCAAAACACACCAAACUUCUUCUUGGUCUGACAGAAUUUAACAUGAGGUCAACUUGAUGGUUCUUACUCUUUUUAGACUGUUUGUUUUUGGCUUCCUUGCAGAGUGGAACCAGCUAGGUCUUCAUACAUAAAACAAAUAGUUUUGUGUUCAAACACUUUAAGCAAAUCAGUUUAACUCAACUUCAAAUCAACUUCCAAUGAAAACCCUUUUCAUAAAUUAGUACCUGAUACAUCCCAAAGCAAAUAUGAGUACUUUCACACUAUUUUUGUCCCUUAUUUUAAGACCUGUUUUCUGCCGAAAGAAAUUUAUAGUGGGAUUGCAUUAAACUGAACACAGGAUAAAACUGAGUGGGCCCACACUGGUUUUAAGAUUUGUAAAGUAGUUUAAUGAAUUAAAAAUUUCAACCAAGCUAUGACCAUACUCUGUAUCAAGACUGACCUUUUGAUCUAAAUCAUUUCUAAAUAUGGAUUCAGCUAGAAAGUACCAGCUGUCUAUGUGUACAUACCAAACUGUCAGUCCACAGUUUAUAGCCAGCUAUCACGUUGGUGUGUUUUGGCCUUUAGCUUUCAUGCGGCUUGUAAUUCAUUUAAACUAAUAACCACAUACUUCUCAAAAUCUCUUUUAUCGCAUGUAUGACAUGACAAGUUGCAUUAAUGGAUAUACAUAUUAUUGUAUAUACACAUUGUUGAUUCCUUGUUUUGUGUCCUAACUUGCUGAUAAUCCCUUCAGGCAUACACAAAGUUAUCAGAUAUGUUGGGGACACAACACAGGUCUGUAUCAUAUACUUUCUUUGAUGCCGUUUCGGUGCUCCUAGAACUAUUAUUGGCUGCUGGCCAGUUUGCAGUCACAACAGUACACAACCGAAAACAUAAGGGUAAAAGGGAGUAAGGGAAAAAACUAAAAGGGUUAAAAUGAUACCAUCUAUGGGAAUAAAACUAAUGUUUUCACUAUCCCACUAGCCUUUACAAGAAUGUUUAUUUUUAUCCUCAUGAAGGACUUGCCUUUGCUUGAACACCUCAGCACAUCUUGAGAACUUGAAAGAUACAACUGGUUAAGUCUACACUGGCUUCCUUGUGUGUGUGACAGAUACUCAGAAAUUUGAAGGACAACAUUCCAUAUAAUUGUACCUUUAAGAGUUUUGGUACUGUACAUUCUUGUAAAUUUGCAAUCAAAUGUUUGCUCAAUUGCAGUGAAACUACUGAAUUUGGAAAUGGUUAUGAUUUUUUUUUAUCUGACAUUGCUGUACAGUGUGUCCUCUGUUUUUGUAGUUAUCUGAGGUGUGGGGCUUGGGAAGCAUAACACAAACACUGCAAUCUUUCAAAUCAAAACUCCUCACAAGAUUUGGUUUAAUCAUUCCUAAGAUUGAUCUGUUGUUUCACAUUCAAAUUUGCACAUUCUGCAUGCUUACUUGUGACUGUAUUUUGAUUUGACAUAUGCAUGUUUAACAGGAACUUGAGUUUUCCUCCUGUUACAAAGCAUUCCAAUUUUGUAUUUAGUGUGCUUAUGCUGUAUAUGUGUACAAGUCAGAAGCAGCUCAUAUUUCUUCAUAUCCAGAUAAUCGAUGUCUUAAAGAGGGUGUUUUAAAAGGGAUUUAAUUUACAGUUACAAUUUGCUACUUUAAAUAUAUACUUUUUAACUUUGAUAAUGGUGUUUUAUGAAUGUUUUGCAUUUGUUUAUCAUCUGUGUUGCCUGCCUGCUGUUUUGGGAACAAGAAAUGUAUAGUACUAGUGUGGUUUUUAAACACACAGUGCUAUUUAUUGCUAAGUUGAUGAACUAUGAUAUAAUAUCAUGUAUAAAUGCUCAUAAUGUCAUGGUUUUAUCUAGAUAUAAAUCUUUAUUAAAAACUAUUUUGCUGCAUGCUUUAAAAUGCAAAAAAAAAGUCUUGCACAGUUAGCUUUGGCUUGUACUUGGAUCAGAUUGGUUGAAAUGUCAUGCUGUAAAGUGGCAAAUUAGUUUCACAUAAUACUGUACAGUUCUUUAAAAUGAAGCAAGAAUGCAGAGAUGCAUAUUUACACCAAAUAGUAAAAUGUAUUUUUAGAAUUGAUUCUAUUCUUUUAAAGAAUAAAUAUUUUAUACAGUCA